AUAAUUAAUUUCUGGCUUUGAAAUAUAUAAUUUUAAGAGGAGACAGGAAAACCUCGACGAGGGGGGUAAUUUCAAGCCUCUUUGCCUCCCCGAAAGUCUUAACGUUUAUGAGGUGAAAAUUUGAAGCUAUUAAGGAAUAAGGCCUUCUAGUCAUCUAAUUCUGAAGACGUUAUACUAGCUGCUCGAGAUCAAGAUCAUUGCAGGAGCCAGGUUGAAUCGAACAGUACAGUUUUUGAUUAUUUAAUUGAGGAGAGGCUUGAAAUUGCAAUAUAUUAAACAAAAGGACAAGAAAAUGGGGGUAAUGUCAAGAAAGGUUGUACCAGCAUGUGGUAAUCUCUGCUUCUUUUGUCCUUCAAUGCGGGCAAGGUCAAGACAGCCUGUUAAACGAUACAAGAAGCUCCUUGCUGAUAUUUUCCCCCGAUCACAGGAUGCUGAGCCAAAUGACCGAAAGAUUGGGAAGCUUUGUGAGUAUGCUUCUAAAAAUCCUUUGAGGAUACCUAAGAUAACAGAGAACUUGGAACAGAAGUUUUACAAGGAUUUGCGAAAUGAGCACUUUGGCUCUGUAAAAGUUGUUUUUCUAAUUUAUCGGAAGCUGCUAUCCUCAUGUAAGGAACAGAUGCCACUUUUUGCUAGUAGUUUGCUUGGGAUGGUUCGCACCCUUUUAGAUCUACCACAGUAUGAUGAAUUGCAGAUUCUAGGUUGCAAUACACUAGUUGACUUUAUCAAUGGCCAGUUGGAUGGCACAUAUAUGUUCAACUUGGAGGGCCUCAUACCGAAAUUGUGUCAAUUAGCUCGAGAAGUUGGAGAUGAUGACAGAGCACUGUGCUUGAGGUCUGCAGGGAUGCAAGUUUUGGCUGUCUUGGUGCACUUUAUGGGGAAGAACUCCCAUAUCUCGAUGGACUUUGACCAUAUUAUAACAGUGACUUUGGAGAACUACAUGGAACUUCCAACCCAUUUAGAAAAUUGCGAAGUAGAGAAGAAAAAUUCCAACCUCUCAGAACAAUGGGUCCAAGGAUUGCUCAAAGUGGAUAAACAUGACUCUUCUUUUCCUGACAUCAGCCAGAAAGUUUCUUCUUUACCAGAUAUCACAAGUUCUAAAAUGGAAAUGGCCACACUGGAGGCAACCAAGAACCCCUCUUACUGGUCCAGAGUUUGUCUAUGGAAUAUAGCCCAAUCUGCAAGGGAAGUAACAACUGUACGACGUGUACUUGAACCUCUUUUCCAUCGUUUUGACUCUGAAAAUUAUUGGUCACCAGACAAAGGACUUGCAGGUUCAGUGUUGGCCUAUUUGCAGUCAUUAUUGGAGGAGUCAGGUGAAAGCUCCCAUCUAUUAUUAUCUAUCGUGGUUAAGCACUUGGAUCAUAAGAAUGUUGCCAAACGGCGUGAUAUGCAGAUAAAAAUCAUUGAUGUUACAACACAACUUGCAAGAAAUGCAAAGCAGCACGCAUCAGUUGCAAUUGUUGGUGCAAUAAGUGAGCUGGUUAAACAUCUGCGCAAAUGCCUACUAUAUUCAUCUGAAGCUUCAAGUCCUCAAGAUGGUUCUGAUAAAUUGAAUAACGAGCUUCAGGUUGCUUUGGAAAAGUGCAUUUCACAGCUUGCAGACAAGGUUGCAGAUGUUGGACCCAUCCUCGAUAUGAUGGGUGUGGUGCUGGAGAGCAUUCCAACUGGUUUUGUUGCUGCAAGAGCAACAAUCAAUGCUGUACAUCGAACUGCACAAAUUGUAUCUACGGUUCCUAAUGUAACAUAUUAUAAGAAGGCAUUUCCUGAUACUCUCUUUCAUCCCUUGCUAUUGGCAAUGGCACAUUCAGACCAUGAAACACGAGCUGGGGCACACCAUAUCUUCUCAACGGUGCUUAUGCCAUCUCUUAGCAAUAUGUGGUCAAUAUUGGACCGGAAUCUCUCUCGUACUCUUUCAGAACAGUCUCCUAAGAUGUCACGGAAGGUGAAAUUCAGAAGCUUUUCCCUUUUGGAUGAAAAUGAUGCCAAAUCUGAAUUUUCAGAUGGAGAAAUGACAGAGGAAGAAGAUUCCUAUGAAGAUCAAUCUGUCAGAAGUAUGUCACAAGGCCAAUUACAUAGCUUCAAGGGUGUUGUUCCAGCAGGGAAAGAAGGGCUUACUUCCCUUCGGCUGCGUAGUCACCAAGUGAAUCUUCUUCUUUCAUCCAUCUGGGUUCAGGCAACAUCGGCAGAAAAUAUUCCUGCAAAUUUCGAGGCAAUGGCUCAUACAUAUGCUAUUUGUCUGCUCUUCAGUCGAUCAAAGAAUUCCAGUCACAUGGCCCUCGUCCGAUGUUUCCAGCUGGGUUUUUCUCUGAGGAGUAUCUCUCUUAAUAGUGAUGGUGGUCUUCAACCGUCUCAGAGGAGGUCUCUCUUUACUCUGGCUUCAUACAUGCUUAUAUUUUUGGCCAGGGCAGGCAAUCUUCCUGAGAUAAUUCCUGUUAUUAAGUCAUCAUUGACUGAUGAAACAGUUGAUCCAUACCUUAAAUUAGUUGAAGAUAUGAGAUUACAGGCUUUGUCCACGACAGUCAUUAAUGAAACUAAAGGAUACGGAUCACAGGAUGAUGAAGUUGCUGCUCUGAAGUCUCUUUCAAAAAUUGAGUCGAAUGACCAGCAUUUAAAAGAACUUGUUAUAUCUCACUUCAUGACCAAGUAUGGAAGAUUGUCAGAGGCUGAGUUGUCAAACAUAAAAAGCCAACUUCAAGAAGGAUUUUCACCAGAUGAUGCGUACCCGUUGGGAGCUCCAUUGUUCAUGGAGACACCAUGCCCUUCUUCUCCACUUGCAGAAAUGGAUUUUCAGACAUUUAAUGAGAUCAUGGCACCAGCUGGGUUAGCCGAUGAAGAAUCUUUUCCUGAUGCAAGUGGAAGUCAAUCUGGGCGUAAGACAUCUCUGUCUGUCAAUUCGCUUGACAUACUUAGCGUCAACCAGCUCUUGGAAUCUGUCUUGGAAACAGCUCGCCAUGUUGCAAGCCUGCCAGUUUCUUCUACUCCAAUACCUUAUGAUCAAGUAAAGAGUCAAUGCGAGGCCCUUGUAAAUGGUAAACAACAAAAGAUGCUGGCCCUUCAGAGUUUCAAGGUGCAACAAGAAGCAAAGGCUAUACUUAGUGCAUGUGAAAAUGAAAAUAAGGGGCCUGUUUUAUCAAACAAGGUAUUGGAUCUAUCAGGAGACAUAAAAUCCACAAACAGUCAACUAAUUCAAAGUCGGAUUCAGCUUCCAUGUGCACAGGAGUGUGUACAAGAACAGUCCUUUAGACUUCCACCUUCAAGCCCAUAUGACAAAUUUUUGAAAGCAGCUGGAUGCUAGAGUUCAUACAAUCUCUUGUAAAUUUACUUGUUACAACAUGCAAAAUUGUUGCAGGGUAUUAUAUAUAUUGAUUUCAUUCUUUAUACGAAUUUUAGGUGGCGUAUUGAUUUUCUUUUGUAAGAAAUAUAGGUUUCUCCAUUGUGGCAAUUAUGUUAAAAAUGAGAGAAUUAAAUUACCUGUGAGGGAAUGUAAGCGCGGAAGCAAUUGUUUGUUCUAAGUUUGAGUGUGCUUAUGGUUCAUAAUUUACAAAUUAUAGCAUGUGUACAUCCGGAACAUUAUUCUAAUUUAUGUAAUGUAGCCUAUGGAGGUAUUUAAUGAAUAUGAUUAUUUGAUUU